UGUAACAAAAUAUUCGUAAAUUUCUUGAAAUUUAAAUUGGUUUUUUUUACAUAAAUCUUUACAAAACGAUAAUGAUUUAAACUGAUAUUAGAAAAGGGUGUCAAUGGCAAGAGUCUGUAUUGAUGAGACGAACUGCUAAGAUAAGGGAUAAUUUAAGUCUUAACUUUCAACAACAGAUGAACAUGGAUAGUAUUGUUCCAAGACUAUCACAGCUUCUACACCGGGAUCCCUAUCUCCAUCCUUAUGCGCAUGAGAUUGAGAGAAGGUACAAGAUUUUCCAAGAAAUUCUUAGCAAGAUAAAUGAAACAGAGGGUGGUAUUGACCAAUUCUCCAGAGGGUAUGAAAGGUUUGGAUUGACUAAGGAGGAUGAUGGCAUUAUGUACAGAGAAUGGGCCCCACAAGCGAAAGCAGUGCAUUUGAUUGGUGAUUUCAAUGACUGGGACCGUGGUUCACAUGCAUGUUCUGUCAAUGAGUUUGGAGUGUGGCAGUUAAAACUUCCAAAUAAACCUGAUGGCUCUUCACCAAUUAAUCACAAGUCCAGAGUGAAGGUUGCUAUCACCAAACAUGAUGGCAGCCAAGUUGAUCGUGUUUCACCCUGGAUCACCUACGCUACGCCUGAACCAAGCACAGAUCUAUACGAAGGGAUCCACUGGGAUCCACCCCAACCAUAUCAGUGGCAGAACCCUCGUCCCACGAGGCCAAAAAGUUUAAGGAUUUACGAAUCACAUGUUGGAAUUGCAUCCAACCAAUUGGAGGUCGCAUCGUAUGAUAAUUUUUCGCAGAACGUAAUUCCACGUAUUAAGGGACUGGGUUAUAACUGCGUUGAACUCAUGGCGAUUAUGGAGCAUGCGUAUUACGCUUCGUUUGGGUAUCAAGUGACCAACUUCUUUGCUGCAUCAAGCCGUUAUGGUACGCCAGAUGAGCUGAAGCAUCUGAUUGACACAGCUCAUGGUCAUGGUAUGCUGGUUAUCCUGGAUGUCGUACACAGUCACGCCAGCAAGAACACCAUGGAUGGUCUCAACGAGUUUGAUGGUACCACUGGAUGUUAUUUCCAUGACAACCCGAGGGGAUACCAUGAUCUUUGGGAUAGCAGAUUAUUUGAUUACACGAAAUGGGAAGUGUUGCGGUUUCUGUUAUCAAACUUAAGGUGGUAUUUAGAGGAAUACAGAUUCGAUGGCUUUCGGUUCGACGGUGUGACGUCGAUGAUUUAUCACGACCACGGACUGGGACAUGGUUUCGGGGGCGAUUAUCCGAAUUUCUUUGACAUGGGCGUCGAUACGGAAUCGAUUACGUACCUGCAGCUCGCUAAUCACAUGAUGCACACUCUUCAUCCUCAGGCAGUCUCCAUCGCUGAGGAUGUUUCAGGAAUGCCCGCACUAUGUCGGCCUAUCGACGAAGGUGGCAUUGGUUUUGACUACCGUCUUGGAAUGGCCAUACCGGACAAAUGGAUAGAGUUAUUAAAGAAAUAUAAAGAUGAAGAUUGGGACCUGCAAGAGAUUUUCCACACAAUGACCAACAGGCGAUAUAUGGAAAACACGAUCGCUUACGCCGAGAGUCACGACCAGGCUUUGGUAGGAGACAAAACAAUCGCGUUUUGGUUGAUGGAUAAAGAGAUGUAUGAUUUCAUGUCGGUGACGGCGUAUCUGACACCAAUCAUCGAUAGAGGGCUAGCUUUGCAUAAAAUGAUCAGAUUACUAACUCAUGGUCUUGGGGGCGAGGCGUACAUGAACUUUAUUGGCAACGAAUUUGGUCAUCCUGAAUGGUUAGACUUUCCAAGGGCAGGGAACAACUCAAGCUACCAUUAUGCCAGAAGGCAGUUCAACCUCGCUGACGAUCCAUUGUUGAGAUAUAAGUUUUUAAACGAAUUUGACAAGAGGAUGAAUCAUUUGGAAGAGGAGUACGGUUGGCUGCACGCCCCACAAGCUUUUGUGAGUACCAAACAUCAAUCAGACAAGAUCAUGGUUUUCGACAGAGCUGGAGUGGUUUUCAUUUUUAAUUUUCAUGCUACAAAAAGUUAUCCUGAUUAUAGAAUAGCUGUUCCUGCAACUGGAAAAUAUAAAUUAGUCUUGGAUUCUGACGCAGAAGAGUUUGGAGGUCACAAGAGAGUGACUUCUGGAUGUGAAUAUGCUGUGGAUGAAAUGAGUUACAACGACCGACCGUAUUCCACUUUGGUCUAUAUUCCAUGCCGUACAGCGUUGGUACUGGCUCAUGUUGAAUGAUUUAAGCAAAAAAGAUAUGGCUGGUUAAAAGUCUUCCUGCACAUGAGAGUGAACGAAUUGAAGAGCUUCAGUAAGCGUUUUGGGAGAAAGGUCAAGCCAGCGAUAUGAAAACGUUAGCUUUAUACAGCUUGGGUCAAUGACUUUGCUUUCCAGAUCGCUGUAGAUAAGUUGGAAGAGAAGGCCGUAUUACUUACCUACUUUUUAAAGUCUCAAAUUUGGAUAUUCAGACGAUCAGCAAGAUGGAUAUAUAAUAAUAAGUUAUUAAUUUACUUUUCAUGUGGCGAAUAACGAAGUUAGAAAUUCAUUUUCUUACAAACAUUGACGAUCUAUGUAUAAUAUCCUAAUUAAUUUUUUUCCCUUAGAAUAAUGUGAUAAUGAUUGAUAAUGAUAAUUUUUUAGAAAAGCCUGAUUGAU